CCCCGAGGGGGUGUGGCUCCGACCUAUGACCGCGGCGUGACCCCUAGCACAUCCUCAGGUUCCAGGGAAAAGGCGGAGACCUGCCCCGGAGACAGAGAGGAGCCGGGAUCCGGGAUCGGGAUCGGGAUGAGCUGGAUUCCUUUCAAGAUUGGUCAGCCUAAGAAACAGAUUGUGCCGAAGACAGUGGAGAGGGAUUUUGAGCGAGAAUAUGGCAAACUCCAGCAGUUGGAAGACCAGAUUAAGAAACUUCACAAGGAUAUGAAGAAAAGCACUGAAGCAGAUAUAGCAAUGUCCAAGUCGGCAGUGAAAAUUUCUUCAGAUUUGCUAACCAACCCUUUAUGCGAACAAGAUCAGAUGUUCAUGGAGACAGUGACAGCUCUGGACACUGCGAUGCGUAGAAUGGAUGCAUUCAAUCAAGAAAAGGUCAAUCAGAUUCAGAAAACUGCCAUUGAACCCUUGAAAAAGUUCAGUAACGUCUUCCCCAGUCUCAACAUGGCAGUGAAGAGACGAGAGCAGACUUUACAAGACUACAAAAGAUUACAGUCCAAAGUAGAGAAGUAUGAAGAGAAGGACAAGUCUGGCCCUGUACUUGUGAAGCUUCACCAGGCCAAAGAGGAGCUAAGGCCAGUCCGUGAGGAUUUUGAAGCCAAAAACAAGCAGCUGCUUGAAGAAAUGCCGAAAUUUUACAACAGCCGCAUCGAUUACUUUCAGCCAAGCUUUGAAGCACUGAUUCGCGCACAGGUCAUGUACUAUACAGAAAUGUCCAAGAUAUUUGGAGAUCUCACUGGCCAGAUUCAGCAGCAAGGGAUGACUGACGAGCAGCGCGAGAAGGAAAAUGAAGCUAAACUGAACGAUCUGCGAGCUCUAUCGAUUGUGGCAGAUGACUGAACAAGAACAUAUAAAAUCUGCAGUGAAUCAUUGUUGGGCUUAAUCUUGAGCUUUUCAGAUGAUUCCUCAUUUGGGUGGACUGCUUGACGUGCUUGAGUAGAAGUAGUACCAUUGUUGGGGUAAACUUUGAGUUCCUAAGUUUAGAACCUCUUUUUUCCCUCCCCUUUUUAUAAAUCCCAUAAUUAAGGUAGGGGGAUUAUUGUUGUGGAAUUUGUAUGUUCUCCCUGUGUCUGUGUGGGUUUCCUCUGGGUGCUGUGGUUUCCUCUCAUAGUCCAAAGAUGUCCGAGGAAUUCUUCCUUGCUCUGUGGUGAGUGGUGCUAACAACAAGACAAAUGCAGGAGGGAGAGAAGGUGUACAAGGAAGAAACUGGGAUACCUCUACCCCUUUCAGGGAAAUACAGCUUUUCUAAACCUUCAUCUCUUGUUUCUGAUUGCAGAAAACAUACAAGUGAAUGAAAAGUUGUUAAUUUUUCUCAGUGUAGCUUUAAAAAGGAUGUAAUUUUGUAAUGUUUGUAAAUAAUUUAUCUUGUGAGCUCUAUAAAAAUCUGAUUGUGCCA